ACAGACAGGAUCUCCGCGAAGGAGGAGGAGGUGAGCAGCAGGAGGAGGAGGAGGAGCAGGAGUGGGAGCGGAGUUGGCUUUGUCUUGCGAGGAAGCAACCGCUGCUUGUCCAUGCCAAGCACGUCCUUUAACUGCAGCUUACGCGUCUGACAGCCGGCAACUCGAUCAUCCAUGUAUCCUUCACCAGCCACCCACUAGAGAUUGCCCGCAGCUCAGCGUCCGGCAUGUCGGACCCGGUGGUGCCCAGCGAGGAGCUGUGCUCCUCAGACUGGGUCAGCUCCAUGCCGAAUGCGGACAUCUCCAGCACAUCCAGCAUGUCCUUGGCCACCACUGCCCUGGAUUUCAUUCACAAUGGUUUUCCGCUCAUCGAACGGCGGAGUGCAGAAGCUGAGCAUGGAUCGCAGGUGGAUCCAGUGCUGGAAGCAAGCCCAGCACCACAAUCCCAACCAGAACCUGAGCACAUGGCAGAGCCUUUAGUUGAGCAUCCAGUUCAAUUACCAGCAGAUCCGCCAACGGAACCUUCUGCUGACCUCCCAGCGGAUUGUCCAGCAGAUUCUUCAGCAGAAAUUUCAGCAGAUCUUUCCGCAGAUCUUUCAACAGAUCUUUCAACAGAUCUUUCAACAGAUCUCUCAUCACAGCCCCCACCAGAUUCUCCAGCUGAUCCACCAGCAGUUCCUCCAGCGGAUCCGCCAGUGGACCCCGUAGCAUAUAUCCCAGCAGAUAACCCAGCAGAUAACCCAGCAGAUAACCCACCAGAUCGCAGACCAGAUCUCCCAUCAGAUCCCCCACCAGAUCUCCCAUCAGAUCUCCCACCAGAUCGCAGACCAGAUCUCAGACCAGAUCCCCCACCAGAUCUCCCAUCAGAUCCCCCACCAGAUCUCCCAUCAGAUCUCCCAUCAGAUCUCCCACCAGAUCUCCCAUCAGAUCUCCCACCAGAUCUCCCACCAGAUCUCCCACCAGAUCCCUCGCCAAAUCCCCCACCAGAUCCCCCGCCAGAUCCGCAAGCGAGUUUCCCAACAGACCUCCCAACGAAUUCUCCGAAAGAUCCGCCUCUAGCUCCCCCAACAGAAUGCCCCGAAGAGCCACAAGCGGAGACAUCAAACGGUAGUCUGGACACAAAGGCCAACUCCCUUUUAGAGACGACGCCAUCGAGUGGGCGGGACGGCUCCAACGGAAUGAAGAUGUCCCCGGACGCGCCUGUGUUCUAUCCCAUGGGCACCAGACUAGCACAUAUACUGUCCAACGACGAGGAGCUCCGGAAUGCUACACGCAAUCCGGCACCCCGGAACUCCUUCGAGUUUGGCCUCGCCAACGGAACGGGUCCAUACAUCGGACCAGGUAGUGAUAUUCCACGCAGCUACUACUUCGUCGAUCCUGCCACCGGAGAGCGCAACUACAAUAGCUUUGGCCUGGGCAUGAACUACGAUGUGCGCCUCAAUGACGGAGUCUUUGAUCGGCGGGAGACGGACGAACCGCCAUCGGAGGCAGCCGAUUCCUGGGGAUCCUACCUGUACGGUAGUCCGCGUCCCAGACCACCAGACGAGAGUGCCUCGCCGGAGGCAACUGGAGGUGCGUCGACAGCCAGGACCAACAACAUUCGCCACUUCCUCACCGAACCAACGGAAACGCGAACAUCGCCGGAGUUUCCGUCCUUUGAGUCCUUUGCCGGGCAGCUGGACGACAUGGGUGUGCAACGGGAUGAGUUUAUGGCAACGCUGCGUAACCUGCUAAUACGAGCCAAUGACCUGAUGAUGCCCCUACUCCAGGGUCCCUUCAAGUACAUGACGCCCAUCCAGAUGGCCGAGUACACCAGCGCCAUUUUGGAGACACCGCCGCUGCAUCCGAGUAUCUUCAUGCCACCGAAUGUGCCACGUCCCUGGACGGGACUCACUGGUCUCAAUCUGCCCUACGACAUCCAUCCGAAUAGCCUCACGCCCGAGGAUCUGGCUCGCAUCCAGGAAUUGCCCAAGUCAGUGGACGCCGCCACGCAGACGGAAUUCCGUUGCAUGUGCAUGUUCUUUGCACAGGGAGGAUCGGCGUCGGCGGGUGUGCCACCGCCACCAACUGGGCCGCCGCCACCACCUGUUCCGCCUGGUCCACCUGGUCCGCCUGGUCCGCCUGCCUUCUAUCCAGGAUCACCUAUUAACACCCCUCGAAUGCAUAGGGCACACGGCGGAGGAGGACCCAGUGGACCGAGAAUACCGCAGCCAUAUCCGCCAGUUUCUGCGCCAGGUGGCUCACAGAGUGGUGGACCACCACCACCACCACCACCACCACCACAACUGCCGUUUGGCUUCUGGGGCAGGCCCAUGCCAAUGGCCAUGCAUCCCAAUCAUGUUCCGCAUCCUGCAUCGCAUCGCAUGCCCCGGCCGCCGCAUCCACAGGCCCCCUUCCCUCAUCCACCACCGCCUCAUCCGCAUACGCAUCCCCAUCCCCAUCCGCAUCCGCAGGCGCAUCCUCAUCCGCCAACGCAUCCGUAUACGCAUCCCCAUCCCCAUCCGCAGGCGCAUCCCCAUCCGCAGGCGCAUCCCCAUCCGCAGGCGCAUCCACAUCCCCAUCCCCAUCCCCAUCCGCAUCCGCAUCCGGGAAUGCAGGCGGGUCAUCCGAUGGCGCCGACGCACAGUUCACAGCCGCACCACCGGCUGGGUGGAGCAAUGCGCUACCACGAGGGCGGUUAUCGGGGCUACCGCUUCCAAGGUCCCUACAGUCCACGCAACCAGGCGAACCAAUGUCGCUAUGGUCCCAUCGGCAGCGGUCGUCCCAGCCAGAAUAGUGACGGCAACUAUACGAACUACAGCAACGGAGGAGCACCGCUCUAUGCGAGCACACCGAGUGGCAGCCAUCAGAUGUCUCCUAGUGUGUCCCAUCCCCGCGUCAGAUUGGUCUAUCCCAUUGACAUUGAGCAGCUGAGACUGAACCUGGAUCCACCGAGCGAUGAGACCACUGCAGAUAGGCAGGAGGUACCUUCGUCCUCGUCGGGCACCGAUUCGUCGAACACCGAGAACUCCAGCUUGCUGCAGAGCGGCGAGAUGGAGCGCCAGGAUAGCGAGGAGAGCAGCUAUGUGGAGGAUGAGAAUGCAUGCGAGGAGGACGACGUCGAAGAGGUGGGAGAGGAGGUUGACGACGACGAUGAUGAGGAGCAUCUGGAUGAGGAGCACGAGGAUGAGGAUGAGAACGAGAAUGCGGAUGCCGAUGCGGAUGAUGCGCAUGAUGCGGAGGUCACGGAACCAGAACGCAAUGGCAUCGUCUGCCAGCAGCGUCCCAGCACGCUAUCCAUUACCGAUUCCCGGAGUUACAGUUUCGGUGAGGUCGAAUUCAUGAACUACGUGAUGUCGGAGACUCCCAUAUUGCCCAAUCCCGGCCAGCAGCCGGGCUCCAGCGCCACCUACACGGAGCACAAUUUGCCGCAAACGCCACGCGGCAACCUGCCCUGCGCCCAGGUCACUCCCAAUGUGGUUCCAAGCCAUUUGCCAGCCCAUCGUCCACCGCGAGAUCAGUCCGAUCAGCAGGUGCUGCCUCCCUUGCCCCAGAUGCCGCCAAUGCCACCGAUACCUCCAAUGCCAGAGCCCGUUGCCGUGUCUUCCAAUCCCAGUAGAGGUCGGCCCGGUGCUGGUACUCAAUCCAAGAUGCCCUCGACUUCACAGGAACACUAUAGUAGUAACCAGUUCAAUCCGAUGUACGUCCAACAGCAGCGGCCCAAUCCCGACUACAAUGCAGCUAUGAUGGGCCAGGAGCAGCCGGGUACCAGUACCAGUGGCAUUUAUAUGAGGCCACCUCCUCCACCACAUCCACCACAUCCACCACAUCCACCACCACCACCGCCACAGAUGUACCCGAUACGGCAGGAGAGGCCCAUGACACCGAUCCUGUUCGAAGUGGGCGGCAAUCUCGGUCACAGCGCCGGCACGCCCAUGAUGCAGAACGUCAAUGGUGGCGGGUAUGGUCAUGGUCGCGGUCGUGGACACGGUCCAAGUCCCAGUCGUGGCACCCACGCUCAGAAUCACUACGGGCAGAUGGCCCAUCCGCUACACCAGUCACAUCCGCCACAUCCGUCGCAUCAGCCGCAUCCACCGCACUACGGAAUGCCCUUCAAUGGAAACAUGGGCCCAAAUAUGAUGGCUCCACAUAUACGCGGCGGUCCGGCGAUGAACCAUAUGAACCACCAGGUGAACCACCACAUGAACCACAUGGGCAGGGGCAUGGGCAUGGGCGUCGGACUGCUGCCGUUGCCGCUGCAGAUGCUCAGUCCAACUCGGAUGGAGCAGCCCGGCAUGGGCAUGCAGCAGGGCAUGGCCAUGAACAUGCCACCGCCCAAUCACAUGAGUCCGCGGCACAAUGUCAAUCCCUAUCAUCCGAGUGCUAGCAACCCGGACACGAACAAGAUGCCGCCAGCUGGCGCACCUGUCAGAGUCAACGCCGAGAUGCAGCAGCAUCCUCGCCAGAGUUUCGAUGGCAAUGUGGGUGUGGCACGUGGCCACACGCCACGUAAUCGCCACUCGAGGUAUUCCUCGCCAGCCACGCCCAGAUCCAUUUCCCAAAAUCCAGCUCCUGUCCAGGAUGUCCCGGAUCUCCAGGGUGGCACAGCCAACAACAACCAGGACAACCAGGGCAACCAGAGCAACAACAACCAGAGCAACAACAACCAGAGCAACAACAACCAGAACAACCAGAACAGCAACAAGCAGAAGAGCAACAACCAGAGCAACAACAACCAGAGCAACAACCAGAGCAACAACAACAAUCAGCAGGAUAAGAACAUGCAACCAUCCUACGCCUCCUUGCUGCAGUAAAAGUGGCAAGGAAAAGAGUUUUUUUGUUGUUUCCUUUUUUGUUUUUUUACUUUUAAAUUCCUCAUGUUUCUUUUAUUCGUUUAAAUAAAAAACACGCACACUGCGGUUGUCUUCCAUUGAAA